AUUUAAUUCUGGUGAAACGUAAUCAUGACGUGUCGUGUCAUUAAUCUCUUCGCCGCCUCUCCCGAGACUGAAGGAGGAGGCUGCUGCAGUGUGUCCGUCCAGAUUCGAGCCCCUGAAGAAUGGCAUAACAUCGCACACACUGACGAGGAUGGAUUCUCCGCCAGAGUGUCUCCUGUCUCUCUCCCAUGACCUCCCCCAGUCUCCCCCCACUCUGCCUUCUCUGGACCACAGCCCCCAAGCUCAGCCCUCUCCUCCAGAAAGCCCCACUAUCCUACCUCUGCAGAGCCCUACGCCCUCCCCCAGAAGCCCCAGCACCACCCCCUCCUUCCCUCUCUCCCCCUACGCCCUCGACCCGGAUGAAAACCACCAGGACUGUACCGAAAACGAUGACGAAGAAAGCCUGGAUGGCGUUCCCGCUUCUCCCACUCCUGCCGUGGCUCUGUUUCCUGGAGGAGGAGGGGGCCAAGAGGCAGCACGUAGCCCCAUCUUGGACUCCUCUCCCCCGGCCACUCCGUCCGCACCUCCCCUCGGCUUUGGCGCUCUGGAGGUUGCUCUUUCUUCCGGACAAAAGAUCGCAGACGAACUGGAUCUCCAACUUUUCCAGAAGGACAGUAUCGCGACCAAACCUCAUCCAGGAGUUACUGCGUCUACCGCAGGUCCGGCGUUGAGAUUUCCGUGUAACGUUUGUGGGAAAAGAUUUCGUUUUCAGAGUAUUUUAUCGCUCCACGCUCGGGCGCACACUUUGGACCGGAGGGCGUCUGCGAUCUACCGGACUGGGUUGCCUUCUGCACCUCUAAAACAACAUCUCAAACAAAAUCUCAAAGAAUCAAUCCACAGAAGUCAAUCAAACCAGCGCUUACUGCCAGCUAAUAUUAUCCAUUUGACGCAAGAUGAUGAGUCGGAUAUCAAGGAAUUUGAUGGUCUGCAUCCUGAUCCAAAUCAAAAUUUUCUGUUGGAUGUAAGCACGGCACUCACACCUCCAUUGACAGAAGAUCCCAUAACCUCUCCGUAUUCCUCUAUUCAGAUUGGAGAAGGUGCUUCAACUCCAACUGCGCCCACUUUCCGAUGCCACGCCUGCAAGGGAAAAUUCCGCACAGCUUCCGAGUUGGCGCGUCACGUCCGAAUCCUCCACAACCCCUAUAAAUGCACUCUUUGCCCCUUCUCAGCUAGCCAAGAAGAAAUUUUAGCAUCGCAUUUGCAGGAGAGUCAUCCAAUCCGUGAAGCUCCACCUCUAUAUAUGUCGAGACCGAUUGUAGCGAGCCCGGAAACGCCUGUCCCAACUCCUUCGCACACCCCUGCUCCUAGCCAAACUGUAGCUUCGUCAGGUGCGACGGGUGCAAACUCUUCCGCGGUGCCUGCUUUCCGAUGCGAAACCUGCGGACAGCGCUUCACCCAGUCCUGGUUCUUGAAGGGACACAUGCGGAAACACAAAGAUUCCUUGGAUCACAAAUGCCAGGUGUGUGGGCGUGGUUUCAAAGAGCCGUGGUUCCUUAAAAAUCACAUGAAAGUCCACCUUAACAAACUCGGACUUAAAUCUGCGCUGUCCGGCUCACCUGGUGCAGUUUCUAACGCUGAACAACAAGCUAAAAACGCUCAAAGUAACCAGCUGAAUGCAUUGUAUUCGAGUUUGCUUCUUGCUCAACGCGGAGGAGGCAGGGGGCGAACUGAUAGAGAGAGCAGAUUGGGAAUGGGUCCGAGUAAGUCUGCCAUUUUGGGAUAUUUGGGGUUGCCUAGCGAUGGUAGCGGGGGUAGUUGUAUGGAAAGGCUACAAGCUGUUGCGCAGGUGGCAGAAAUGGGGAAUGGUAGCAGUAUUAGCGGACAGGGAGCAGAGCAGAGAAAGGCCAGCAAUAGCGAAAAUCCCACCUUGAUUUCCGAGGCCAACGACCAAGCGGCGUGGUGGCAACUUGUAGCUCGGAGCAUCGCUGUAGCUCAACAGCAACAGCAGUCAAGACCCCAACCUCGAAGUCAGAGAGCCCCAGGACGCAGCUCUGUCAUCGGGGAGGCCAAUCAAGUCCGUGGGGGUUACCUCGGAGGAGUGAGCCAGAGGGAAGAGUCGGGAAGUGCUUUGCGUAAUGGAGGGUCUUGGGAAUGCCCCGAUUGUGGAAAACUCUUCGCAAGUCUGCAGCAGGUGGUGGUCCAUGCCAGGGUGCACGCUCAGAGAGGACAGAAAUCGGGUAAUGAUGAAGAAGGGAUGGGGAAAGGUCACGGAGGAGGAGUGGGAGGAGGAAUAGGAGGAGGAAUAGGAGGACAUGGGAUGAGUGAGACGAGCAGGCACCAGGAUCACAGCCGAGGGAGCAGCGGAGAAGGGAGACAUGAAGCCAAACUUGGAGGUCAACAAACGCCACUGACAACUGGAUUUCACUCAACCAUCUCCAACUUUAAAGGGGAGAAUGGCGUCGGUGCGGUGCCCGCCAUGGCGUCUGUGUCCAGGGAGAGAGUGCGCGGUCGGGGCAUCAAGGACUGUCCCUACUGUGGCAAAGCGUUUCGCUCCUCUCACCAUCUCAAAGUCCACCUCCGAGUGCACACAGGUGAGCGUCCGUACAAGUGCCCUCACUGUGACUACGCUGGGACUCAGUCUGGAUCUCUGAAGUACCACCUGCAGAGGCACCACCGCGAGCAGAGGAACGCCGCCGCCGCAGCCGCCGCCAACGCCAACGUCUCGUCUGGACUCAGCGCCGCUCUCAACAACCACGGUCUUUCCUCUGGGACCUCUUUGCUCGUGAAACAACGGCGAUCUCAGCAAAGCCACGGACCGAUCAACCGCACCACUGCGGACACGCCCACUUCCAGGUCCACAGCCAAUCAGCAGGCGUUCGGGCUCCUGGCACUUCCUGACCAGGCCGACCACCACAAAGCCAUGUCUGCUUUGAGAGACACGGAUUUGGAAAGCCAGUAUCGCUAUCUGUCUGGUAUGAUGGGCACACUGUACCAGGAGGGCAACUGGAUCCGGGAAUCUCCACCUCCAAAAGUGGCCAAAGUAUCAAGACGCAAACCUUUAACCACGAGUCGAAUGGUUCAGCCCCCGAAAGAUGGCGAAACUACUUCAGAUGGCAAGUUUGAACCACUGGAUUUGUCAAGACGCACUUCUCCUGGUUUGGGAGGGUCAGAAGAAGACGGGAUGGUAACGUUUAGCGAAAUCGAAAAUGAGCAAUGCGGCGUUAAACUUAGUGAAUGCGUUUUUUGCCCUUUCCGCACGUCUUCGGCUGAACUGAUGACGAUGCACCUCCAGGUCAACCACACCAGUAAGUCCCGGCGCAAGAGAAGUUCAGUCACUGCUCCAGACGAUGAUGGUAACAGCAAGUUUUCCCAGUUUGAUGCAAAUCCGGAUUCUCCUGGAUUAUGGAAAAAAAUGAGCAGUUUGGACCAACCAGAGUGGUCAACAAAUGGCGAAUUAUCCGAAAACGCAGGAAUGGAUUUCAAAGAAAUGGAAGAUGACAACCAAGAAGAAGAUUUUGUUGAAAAUUUGGAUGAAACAAGUUCGGAAAAUACCCCUGAACGUGAUCAGGAUGCAGGAAUGUCCACUAGUUUAUCACCUGCACCAAUGUCCAAUGUUGACGAAGAUGAAGAAAUGGAUUAAAUGUAUUGGAGAUAGCAGUUUUUUUUUGUUGUUUUUUUUAAUUCUCCACUUUGUAAAGAGAAAGUGGUUGAAUUGAAUCAAGAUUUUGCCAUUUGGCUAUUACCACUAGAGCACAAAAGAUCAAGGAUGCUACUUUUAAAGAAUUUCUGGAACAUUUUUUUGUAUUUUAACGUGAAAUAGUGACAAGAGGAACGCGAACGGCAUUCUUAGGAAUCAUAUCUUGAACGGACCAUGGCUGUGAAUGCAUAAGCCAGUUUCUUCCAUAAAGGCAGAAAUUUGAGGAGUCGCCAAGUUGUCAAUCAUUUACGUAACUGCUAGAGCUAAUUUAGCUUGGCGAUAAUUUCCUCAACUAAAACUCACUGCCUUUGGGUUCUGGCAAAUAUUUUCCGAAGUUACAAAUGGAAGAAAACUACGUAUAAUUUUAUUUUUAAAGUGCAUAUGACAGAUUAGACUACUCAUUUCACAGUUAACAUAAUCAUAUUUAAGAUUUAACUAAAAUUAUUGCCUAUUUUUUCAUUUUUUUAUUUUUUAUUUGUGUGACAUUUAUAAUUUUACUUCCUUGUUGGACACGGGCAGUUGAUAAGACUUACACAGAGGUAAUCACAUAACUGUUACCUA